AUGCAGUCCAGGGAUGGCUCUAAACUGCUCAAGUUUUCUCUUGGUCAGAAAAAGACCUCUAGGUCAGCGUUUUCUGCCUUUCUGUUUUUCGUGCUCCUCCCCUUCCUCCACAACGCCCCUAGUCCCGCCCCCUUCCUUGAAAUAGGAAGACUUCCUGGCCCCUCAGCGCGGGUGUCCACUGCUGGCGGUGACAUCCCCACCAGAGGCUCGGUCAGUGCUGCUGGGAACAGACGCAGCCAGGGCUUCAGCGACAAGACCAAAGCCAACCUGAACAAAGACUCCUCAGAGGGCAUGACCUCACAGCCUUCGGUGAUGACUGAGCAUGCUCCGUCAUCUGCAGUGACCAUCAGCUCCUCCACCAGCAUCCCCGCAGCUACCUCCGCCCAGAUUCCUCCCCCACCUUCCUCGUCGUCGUCCUCCUCCACGGCCAUUCCCCAGCCCAACAGCAAUAGCAAACCCUGGAGGAGCAAGUCGGCGAGCUCCAAGCACAUCUCCACUUCUUCAUCCUCCAUCAGCACCGCCGCGUCUGCCAUGCAGUCUGCCAAACAGGACAAGGACUCCUCCUGUAAGGCCGAUGCUCCUCCUAAAGUUGUCGCUCAGAAGUCAAUGCUGGAGAAGCUAAAGCUUUUCAACAGUAAAGGAAGCUCCAAAUCCUCCGCCUCCUCCUCCAAUGGAGCAGGGGCCCAGGCGGAGAACGCUGCCCUAGCCAGGCAGCUCGCAGCGGCGCAGUUGGAGAGGUCAGAAACAGGCUCCAACACCGACCCCCUGGAGGAAGUCGAUGGCAACGUCCGGCCGGGAAUGAACGGGACCAGCAACGGGACGGCCUACGGAGCAGCUCCAUCAGCAGCUACAACUGUCUCCACCACCGCCAGCAGCCCCAAAAUGGCCCUGAGGGGCAUCGCCCAGCGCACUUUCAGCAGAGCUCUGACUGCCAAGAAGAGCUCUGUCAAAAGCACAGAGAAGGACAAAGACAAAGGGAAGGAGAAGGGGAAGGAGGUGGGGAAACGCAUCUCAGCCCCAGACAGGACGGAGCUCAGGGGAGACGAGCUUAAGGAGGAAGCAGCACCUGUAACUGCAGACACAGACGGCUCAAACAAAAGGACCUCUAAAAUCACCAGCUUCAUACCCAAGGGGGGUAAAGUGUCCAAAAAGGAGAGUUCCACCCCUGCACACAGCGGAAUACCAAAGCCAGGAGGCAAAGCCCCGGGAGUCGGGGGGAAAGCCUCCUCAGUGAAGGAGGCGGGGGAGAGGCCCCGGAGCAUGCGGUUAGGAGGGGGCCUCGCCAUGCACCGAGGGCCCCUGGACAGGGACAGCAGACACUCCAGCUCUACCUCCAGCCUGGCCUCCACAGAGGGGAAGGCCUGCGCCUCCUCUGGGGCGGGGGGAGGCUCCACACAGAGCACAGCCAGCAACACCAUCAGCGUGCAGCUACCUCAGACUCAACAGCACCACAGCCACCCCAACACCGCCACCGUCGCACCUUUCAUGUACAGGUACCAUUACCAGCAGGAUUAUGUCACCUCCGCCUGUCAGAAAGAAUCGCAAACAGACGGCUUGGAUACGGAGGACACUGAGAGCGGCUCAGGAGGAAGAGGAGGAGACGUUUCCUUCACCAAGAGCAGCCAGCUGUCCAUUGAGGACCUUUCAGGUGAAGACCCAGAGACGAGACGGUUGCGUACAGUCAAGAACAUCGCCGACCUGCGGCAAAACCUGGAGGAGACCAUGUCCAGUUUACGAGGAACUCAGGUCUCACACAGUUACGGUGGCGGCCGGGUGGCUGGGAGCCAGGGAGGACGCUACCUUUACCCAGGAAGCCUCAGGCGGCAGCUGGCAGGAAGGGGAGGGGCCAUUCACUGCGUGGAGCUCGGGGACAUCGCCGUGGACGUCACUGGGUACAUGAGCGAUGGAGACGUGCUGACCGAGAACGCUGCACGCACUGAUGAUGUCGCCAGCGGCUACAUGACUGACGGAGGUUUGGGUAUGUACACGCGGCGCCUGAACCGUCUGCCCGACAGCAUGGCCGCCGUCAGAGAGACACUGCAUCGAAACACGUCGUCAGGACAGGGAGAUGCCGACAGCUGGGAUGACAGCAGCUCUGUGAGCAGUGGCAUCAGCGACAACAUCGACACAGAUGACAUCAACACCAGCUCCUCCAUCUCCUCCUACGCAAACACACCCGCUGCGAAACGCAAGGGCCUCAACACCAAGCCGGUGACAGAUGCAGAGAAGCACUCUGCCUCCACAGCGGUGCACCCGGCCUGGUCAGGAGACGAGGUGAAGAGGCCAGACGGCGGGUCGGACAGCGGGGUCAGGAUGGAGCCGGGCUCCAAGUGGAGCCGCCGGAACCCCUCCGACAUCUCAGACGAGUCGGACAAGGGCAGCUCGGGGAGGAAGACCCCCUCUGUGUCCCACACAGGCUCCUGGAGGAGAGGCAUGAGCACUCAGGUGGGGGUGACGUCCCCCCGGACUAAAAGCAACUGUAGCACAGGCUCCACAAGCUCGGGUGGCCUCAAGACCCACAGUUCAGCAAAGACAGAUGACGUGAAGGUGUCAGAAAAGGGUCGCCUCUCUCCUCGUCCCAAUGGCCUACACCGCUCGCCCUCAGACGCAGGGCGCAGCAGCGGCGACGAGGCAAAGAAACAAUCCAUCCCCACUAGCCGCACGUCCACGUCAAACGCCCUCACACACACUGUUUCAGACCCCCACUCCCACACGCAUGCCCACACCUCGCGCACCCCUACCAGCACCUUCGGCUUCAAGAAGCAGGGCCACGGGAUGGUAACCAUCGUUACUGCCAGCGGCGCCACCAUCACAAGUGGCUCGGCUACCCUUGGGAAGAUGCCCAAAUCUGGAGCACGCUCACUCGCAGGAGGGUUGAAGGUCGGUGGGCACGAUGGCGGGUCUGUGUUGGGUCACCACGACGACGGUUUCCUCCCCAUGAGUGCCCGCUCUACACUUCAGUACCGCAGCCUGCCGAGACCCAGCCGCUCUGGAGCCACAGCGCGCAACGGAAACCGCUCCUCCACCAGCAGCAUUGAGGCCGCCGUGCUGUCAGUUACGACUCAUGGGAAAAACUCAAUGGGCCUGACAAAGGCCAACGGCACAGGAGGCCUGCUGGCCAAUCAGACGGACCGGGAGAAGGGCGUGUCGGAGAUUGACAACCUGAGGAGCGGAGUCGUGAUGCAGAGUGGAGGAGCAGCGACUGUUCCUCUGACAGGAAGACAGCAGGUUUCCUCACCUACACUGCGCAGAUUGUUUGGUGCGAAGCCCAGCAACAAGUCUCCGGUCACCACGACUGAAAACAUGAAGAACUCCACUGUUAUCUCCAACCCCCACGCCACCAUGAACCACGUGGGCACAGUGCUGGAGUCCCCCGACGGAGGGCUGGGAGGUGUGGACAGCGAGACCAGCAGCCCCAUGUUUGGAGGCAGACUGCAUGGGAUAGGGAUGGGGACGCUGGGCAGCGAGCAGGCCUCCAGCCCUGGCUCAGUUUACUCCUCCACCGGCCCCUCAAACAGCCUAACGUGGGGCACCACCUUCAGCAGCUCCUCCGCCCAGAGCAGGGAGAGCACGCUGGGGGGACACGGGGGGGCCAGCAGCAUGGGAUACCCCUCCGUCAGCAGCAUGCACACCAGCAGCGAGUCUAUCGACAUGAGCCUGGGCAGCGCCAGCCACGGGACCCACAGGGAGGACACGCUGUCCGCGCUGGGCCGCACCAGCAGCGUCAAGACCGCCAUGUCUGAGAGUCCCCUGUCCUCCCCGUCUGCUAGCCCUUUAUUCAGCCGAAACACGCUCCCUCGGAGGCAGGACAGGUAUGGCCCAUCCACGCAGCUGCGAAGCCACGAGGAGGCCCGUGAUUGGCUGCGCUCCCACUCCACCAGCGGGCUGCAGGAAUCAGUCGGCAACUCCCCGUUCUCCCCCAGCUCCAGCCUCACCUCCCCCUCCGGCACUCGCUUCAACUUCGGACAGCUCGCAUCCAGCCCCACCUCAGCAGCUCAGAUCAACCUCGCCAGUCUGCGCAACAACAGCCUGACCAAUCAUGAAGUCUCCUUUGACCCCAGCAGCGAUAACCGCCUGAGGAACUCGUGCAUGUCUCUUGACGAGAAGACGCGCACCAUGAGCAGAUCGGGCUCCUUCAGGGACGGCUUUGAGGAAGUUCAUGGAUCAUCCCUGUCUCUGGUCUCCAGCACUUCCUCCAUUUACUCUACAAAUGAGGAGAAGUCUCAGUCGGAGAUCCGCAAAUUGCGUCGGGAGCUGGACGCCUCCCAGGAUAAGGUUUCCGCCCUGACGACGCAGCUCAGCGCCAACGCUCACCUGGUGGCAGCGUUUGAACAGAGUCUUGGGAACAUGACCAUCAGACUGAAGAGUCUCACCUUAACAGCAGAGCAGAAGGACUCUGAGCUGAACGAGUUGAAGAAGACCAUCGAGCUGCUGAAGAAACAGAAUGCUGUGGCUCAGGCCGCCAUCAACGGACAGCAGCAGCAGCCGGACCUCCGCAUCAGGAGGCAGCACUCCUCGGACAGCGUCAGCAGCGUCGCCAGCGCCACCAGCCACUCCAGCGUGGGCUCCAACCUGGACACAGACGCAAUAAACAAGAAGAAGAACAAGAAGAACUGGCUGUCAGUCUGUGGAGGAGACCCCACAGGAGGCUCCAUACAGGUGCAGAGUAUGAUGUGGAGUCUUCGAAGCUCCUUCAAACAAGCGUUCAGCAAGAAGAAAUCUCCCAAGUCAGCCUCUUCCCACUCCGACAUCGAGGAGAUGACGGACUCGUCGCUGCCCUCCUCCCCCAAGCUGCCCCGCAACGGCAGCACAGCCUCCGGCCACAUGCUCAGGACCACACACUCCAACUCACUAUUGUCGGAUUGUUUGGACAGCGAGGCGGAGACGGUGAUGCAGCUGCGCAGCGAGCUCAGGGAGAAGGAGAUGAAGCUGACGGAUAUCCGCCUGGAGGCUCUCAGCUCCGCACAUCAGCUGGACCAGCUCCGAGAGGCCAUGAACCGCAUGCAGGUGGAGAAUAAGGGCAGCAGGAUGGGCUCCCAGGCCUCCAUCUCUUCCUCCCCUCCCUCUCACAAACAUAGCCAGGCCCAGGGAGGGGGGCCGGGCCUCCCCCAGCACAGCCUCAACCUCACGACCAGCGAGUCCACCAGCCUGGACAUGCUGCUGGACGACACCUGCGGAGAGGGGGGGUCGAGGAAGGAGGGGCGGCACGUGAAGAUGGUGGUCAGCCUGGACGAGCAGGAGGGCCCGCUUCGCCAUUUUCUGAUUGGCUGCAUCGGUGUGAGUGGUAAAACCAAGUGGGACGUCCUGGAUGGAGUGGUCCGACGGCUUUUCAAGGAGUACAUCACCCAUGUGGACCCGUUGAGCCAGCUGGGCCUGAGCUCUGACAGCGUGGAGGGGUACAACAUCGGAGAGAUUCACCGGCCCAGCCUGGCCCGCGCUGCACACACCCCCGAGCUGCUGCCCUGCGGAUACCUGGUGGGGGACAGCAACACCAUCAACAUCCAGCUCAGAGGUGUGAGGAGUGAGGGUGUGGACUCGCUGGUGUUCGACACUCUGAUCCCGAAGCCCAUGCUGCAGCGCUACGUCUCCCUGCUGAAGGAGCACCGCCGCGUCAUCCUGUCGGGCCCCAGCGGAACAGGGAAGACCUACCUGGCCAAUCAGCUGUCUCGACACCUGCUGCUGCUGGACGGCCGACCCCUGACCCCGCACGCUGUCGUCACUUUCAACGUGGACCACAAAUCCAGCAAGGAGCUGCGUCAGUACCUGUCUGGUUUGGCCGAGCAGUGCAGCGGUGUGGGGGGUGUGGAAGGCCCUCUGGUGGUCAUCCUGGACAACCUGCACCACGUCAGCUCACUGGGAGAGAUCUUCAACGGAGUCUUCAACUGCAACUUCCAGCACUGCCCCUACAUUAUUGGCACCAUGAGCCAGGCUACAUCCUCCGCCCCCAACCUGCAGCUUCACCACAACUUCAGGUGGGUGCUGUGCGCUAACCACGUGGAGCCGGUGAAAGGCUUCCUCGGCCGCUUCCUGAGGCGGAAGCUGAUCGAGACGGAGAUCGGCAGCCGGACACGCAACAUGGAGCUGGUGAGGAUCAUCGACUGGAUCCCGCGGGUGUGGCACCACCUGAACCGCUUCCUGGAGACGCACAGCUCCUCUGACGUCACCAUCGGACCUCGUCUCUUCCUGUCCUGUCCCAUGGACGUGGAGGGAUCCAGGGUUUGGUUCACUGACCUCUGGAACUACUCCAUCAUCCCCUACAUGCUGGAGGCCGUACGAGAGGGACUGCAGCUGUACGGCCGCAGGGCAGCGUGGGAGGACCCGGCUGUGUUUGUGAUUGACAGCUACCCCUGGUCAGCUUCGUCCACCCCGGCUGAUUGGCCCCCGCUGCUGCAGCUCCGCCCAGAGGACGUGGGCUUCGAUGGAUACUCUGCCCCGAGAGAAGGGGUCCGGAAGGAGCCGCCACAGAGCGACAGCGACGCAGACCCCCUGAUGAACAUGCUGAUGCGUCUGAAGGAGGCGGCAACGUCAUCGAGCCCUCAGAGCUACGACAGCGACUCCAACAGCAACAGUCACCAGGACGACAUCCUGGACACGUCGCUGGAGUCCACCUUGUGA